GUUUCUGUAGCCUUACAACAUUGAUUGUACAGAUAAUGCAAAGGAUAGAUAAGAUUAUGCAAAGAUUAGAUUCCCAAGAUGGCAUUUGCCCAUAAGCAUAUCAGUAGUGAAAUGAGGAAGGUGGUUUAUUAUUGUGGGAAAAGGUUUAUUGUUAAUGGUAAGACACACUUGGUUUUAAAUUUCUAUUCUGCCACUUACUGAUGCCACUUACCUUGGGCAAGCUAUUUAACACCAGUUGGAUAGUAUCUUAUAAUUUUUUGUUUUUGUUUUUUUGUAUAUUAUUUUGGGAGUAUGUCAUAAAUGUACUUGUUGGAAUCCUUAAGUUGUCAGUGGCUCACUCUAGUGUGAAAGGAGGUUGACCUAGAAUUAUCUCUGACAUUAGAGGUCUGAAGGCUGUUUAGUAGAAACUGAAGUUUCAGCCCUAAUGACUGAUAAUGACAAAUAAAAAUGGCCCUUCAGCUACAUAAUUCCUGUUCCUAGUCUGAAAGGAAUUUAUGAUUUUUUUUUUUUAGAAUGGAAUAGAAAGCAGAAGAUUGGCUCUGAUUAUCUUGCAAGCUAGAAAUUCCACUUUGAACAACUAACUUACUGUUUAUGCUUGAAUCUCUUACUAGUUCACUAGUUCUGGAAGGGCUGAUAGGUUUGAGUGCUGCUUCUGAGAUACAAACCCAGAAUCUAGGUGUAGUUACAUUAAGAAGGCAGCCACUAUGAAGUGUCCAAUCCUGAGAACCUGUAAAACGACAAUGGAGUCCAACCCUAUUAGGAAAAUCCCAAUUAAUUCUAUUAGAGAUAUCCCAGAUCCCUUUUAAUCCUGGUCGUUAGACCUUGGGCUAAAAGGAAGAUAUUUAACACUUGCUGUGUGUCAGAUACUCUUGGGUCAUUCCACAUAACAUUAUCUUAUUUAAUCCUUGUUAUUUCCCUGUGAAAUACUUUGUGUUGUCCCCAUUUACAAUUCCUCAAAUGCCCAAAUUUUUAUUCAUCUUUUCAGCUUUUAUAUAUCUUAUACCCUCCAUCUGGAAUGGUCUUAUUCCUACUCUUUGCCUAAUGAAUCCCUGCUUGUCCUUCAGAGCUCAUCUCAGAUGUUACUACUCAAGGAAGCCUUCCUUACCCCCAGGUUUGUUUCCUUAUUAUACACUGUAGUAACACACUAUAUCUUAAUAAGCACAAGAAAUUAUAUGAUUAGUCAUUUAAUAUCUGUCAUUCAUGCUGAAGUAUGACCCCAUGAGGAUGGGAACUGUAUCUGUGUCGUUUUUCUGGGUUAUUUAUAGUGCCAAGUAUGUGUAGUUUCUUACACACUGGUACUCAGUAAGUAAUCGGUGUGUGAUAGUGGCAAACGAAUGCCAUAGUCAGGAGUUGAAUGCUUGUGUAAUAGAACUUCAAAAUUUCUUUCUUUAAAUUACACCAUACCCAGAACCCAGCAGGAAGUUUCUCAGUGUUGCCCAAGAGCUCUUCCUUGACUCUUUCAGUUCUAGAUUGGCUAUCUAACUAUUAAAGUUAUUCAUUAACCCUAGGUACUGGCUUGGGUGUGGCUCUGAGAUAAGGAACUGAAAGUCUUCAACAAACCUCCCUAGCUGUGUGUGGGUGAGCUCUUCAGAGAAGUCCCAUCUUUCUGAGCAGCUGUUUUGUAGACAGGUGGUGGGAAAGGCUCCAGGACUCCACGUCCCAUUAAGAAACUUUACAAGAGAGACACAUCUGGUUUACCAGUGUUUCUGACUUCCUUCUGAGCUGAAAACUGCUUUGUUUUGUAGAAAAGCAAAACUUGGCCAUAAACACCUAAAAUGAAGAGCCCCCAAACCUUUGAGGAGCAAACGGAAUGCAUUAUAGACUCUCUACUCACAGACUUCUUAGGUCCCACUUGUCAGGUUGCUAACCGGACCCUACGUUGUGCAGACGAAGUAGAUUCAGGAGAGGUCUGCUCUUUUGAUGUGGCCAUCAUUGCUGGUCGCCUUCGGAUGUUGGGUGACAAGUUCAAUGGAGAAUUGGAAGCUUCUGCCAAAAACAUCAUCGCAGAAACCAUUCAGGGACAGGCAGGAGCUAUACUUCAGGACACAGUUAAUUCUCUCAGCAAGGCCUGGUGUGCCCAGGAUUCCAGCUUGGCUUAUGAGAGAGCCUUUCUGGCAGUGUCAGUGAAACUUCUUGAAUGUGUGGUCCGUAUGACUCCUGAGAUGGCAAGACAGGUGGCUACGCCCAUGACAAAUAUGAUCAUUGGGAACACUGCCAUCCGAGAGUAUAUCCAGGGCCAGGGAGGUUGGGAAAAUCUGGAGAGCUGAAGAAGAGGUGGAGCUGUUUUCCAGCCUGAAAAACUUUGAUCUUCUUUGACUGAUCGGGUGAUAGAUCUCUGGCAAUUAAAACAGAAACAACCAAAUCAAAACCUUCUUUCUCUUGGACAGAACUGAACUUAGCUGAAUAACCUGUUUUCUACUGAUUGUUAAAGUUAGGAGCAGCUCCCAGAGGUCUGUAGAGAUUUUAUACUUUCUGUUUUUACAUGAGUUUUAAUGAGGUUUUGUUGAAGCAAAGACCUCCAGACUUAAAGUAGUGACUCAUCAGUAGUGGAAUUCCAGGCAACAGGGCAGGCAUUUGCUGGAGAUACUGUGGGGAAAAGGGAACACACAGUAAACCAUUCCUUCAGAUUUAGUCCUGUCCUCUGGUAAGGAUCUUGUCUACUAAUUUUGCAGUCUAAAGGGUUUCAGGGAGAUCUUUGGUUAGAAAACCUUGUUAUUUUAAGUUGAGGAUUUUCUUUUAAAUUCAUAACCUAAAUCUCAUAUUAAUUUCACCUGAGCCAACUUAUUUUAUGUAUUUUCAAGGCUGGAAGCAAAAAAAAUAGCACUUUGUUCAUCUGCUCUUCUACUAGGAAGGCCAAAGAGCAAUAAAACAGUUGCUGCAUUUUUAUUGCCACAGGAUGCAGGAAGUGCUGGCCCACUUCUGGGACAGUAGGGCCAUCCCAGCUUAGAUGAGGCUAGCUACAUACCACAGUGUUUUUCAAAGUACAGUUUACAUACCACUUGCAUGUGACCUUAUAUGUUGCUGAUUUCCAGGCCCCAUCCGCUAGAGAUUCUGAUUCUGUAGGGGAGGGCUGGGGCUCAGGUUCCUAACUUUUUAAUCAGAUCCACUGGUGAUUCUAAUAUACACAUAAAUUUUGAGAACUGUCACUUUAGAGCAAGGGUUGGGAAAUUAGAGCCCACAGGCCCAAUCAGCCCACCGCUUUUAAAAUUUUUUUUUGUAAAGAAAGUUUUAUUGGAAUGCAGCUACACUCACUUGUUUACAUAUUAUUUAUGGCUGUUUUAGCAUCGCAGCAGCAGAGUUGAGUAGUUAUAGCAGACACCAUAUAGCCUGUCCUGUAAAGCUUAAAAUAUUUACCAUCUGGCCCUUCAAGUUUGCAGACCCCUGCUCUAGAGCUAAAUGAACAUUUCUCCUUGUGUAAUUUAAACUCUGUUGCAAUCAUGAUAAUUCCAAACAGAGCUGUAGAUAGGGUAACUCCUUUUUCAGAAUUUAGUCUGAGUGUUUGUUAGUUUUUGCAUAGUCCACACUUUCUUUAGAACCUUUGGCAAAAGGAGCUCUGUGACUCCUGAGAAUUCGAUAGAAGGUAUACAUUUCCCUGGCCCUGCCACAAGUGAUUGGAGGUAAAACAUAUGGUUUCUACGGUCUGUGUAUCUCAUAGCAGUUCUUAAUAAUCUCAUAGAUUAGUAAGCAGUCAUCAAAUAGAGACUUCUUCAUCUCUAAGUCCCCAAACCAGACGAUUUACCUGAACAUCAAGAAGAAAAUCACUACUAAAGCAUUACUAUACCUAUUUUUCUAAGAGAGGCGUUAAUGGCUUUGGCUAAAGUUUAACAAAGUUAACCACAUCCCCUCCCUUCACCCAGCCAGCCAUCUGGCUCCCCUAGAUACACAGAAAUAAAGCUGUAGUGCUGUUAAUGUAUUCUGACUUUUUCAAGUUAUGCUAUUUCCUCUAUUCUUCGAUAAAUCACAAUUAGGUUAGUAAUCCAGAAAUGAGAUUUCAUGUUUCUCUUUAGUAGAAAUUAUCUGUUUUUGCUACCAAUUUAAGACACUUGAUGUAUUCCUUUGUCCCUUACAUUACUGUAAACUCAG